AUGUCUCGCUUUCCAUUUAUCGGUUUCGAGACGAAGUUCAUUCGGGACUAUUUAAAAAACUGUCUGAAACUCGCUAAUUAUUUCGUUGACUUAAGAUUUGCCAUCCUCAAUCUGAUCGUGGAACGGUUACUCAUGAUCGAUACUUCUUGUGCAAAAGAAACGGCGCACGGUCAACAGGCGCUCGAACAAAAUGCGGCAGAAAUAUUUGAAAUGGAUUGUGUCGAUGUUGGAAUGUCGCAUGAAAAUCCACUGAAUAAGUUGGACGAAUGCAUGCUUUGGAUGUUCGAUUUUGUACAUGGCCAAUGCCACAACGACGAUGGGAGUUUUUGUCUCUCUUCUGCUUAUCCAUUUGUUAAAGUCAUGACUGACGUGUUUCAAGAAUCAGUUCUUCCUAUUCAAGGUUGUUUCACAGUACCGUUCUUGUGGUUUUACCUGUGCAGUUUCCGAGAGAUGAUCAGCAAUUAUUUCAUGAAGUGGCUUUGGAGGACUGUCCGAAGUCCAUCUGUUCCUCCAAAUUUACGUCUGAAUGCUUCUUGUUAUCUUGCAAGUAUUUUGGCCAGGGCAAAAUAUGUCAGUAUAGAGACGGUGUUGCUUCAUGUUCGCGAAUGGACUGACUGGCUUCAUCAGUUCAUCGACACCGACGACUCUGGCAGUAAUUCAUCCGCUGCUUAUUGUUACACAUUUUAUGCCAUCUGUCAAAGCUUGUUGUACGUCAUUGCCUUUCGAAUAAGGGAAAUAAUCUCUUUGCCAACCGGUGGGCUCAUUCAGAGGAAAUUUCUGUGA